ACAUCCAGUGUUCACCCGGCGACGUUUCGCACACGGACACCAACACGGAAGUAGCGCUUCAAGCAGCACAGCAGCGACGAACAUCCGCUGUUCUUAAUCCCGUCGGAGCCGCUCGUCGUUCAGUAGCAUGAAAAACAUGUUAACCACAAUCUCCAACGCACUUUGCCGGAUCACGGGCCGGAAUGUGUUGCUGAUUGACCUGUCAGAGUACGUCAAUGUAACCUCGCUGGCGACGCCCACCUUGGCACAGACCCUCCGGCAACCGCCCAAACCACCACCAGUCGGUCCUAGAGCGCCGGCUGCCGCUCAGUUAGUUAGCGCCCAGACGGACCGGCUAGACGGACCAGGUACCAGUGUCGUGGUUUCUCGCUCCUUCGCCGACUUCACCUCGCAGGCGACCUUCGACAUCAAGAAAUGCGACGUGCACCGUCUGGAGGAGGCUCCUCCACUGAAGGCGGAGCUGACCCGGGAUCAGGGCCUGCAGUAUUACCGCGUCAUGCAGACCGUGCGGCGCAUGGAGCUCAAAGCGGAUCAGCUCUACAAGCAGAAGAUCAUCAGAGGCUUCUGUCACCUGUAUGACGGACAGGAAGCGUGUGCGGUGGGCAUCGAGGCCGCCAUCAACCCGUCCGACCACCUGAUCACCGCCUACCGCGCCCACGGCUACACGUACACCCGCGGCAUCGCCGUCAAAGAGAUCCUGGCCGAGCUCACGGGUCGUAAAGGGGGCGUGGCCAAAGGAAAGGGAGGUUCGAUGCACAUGUACGCGCCGCAUUUCUACGGAGGAAACGGCAUCGUGGGCGCUCAGGUUCCUCUUGGCGCCGGCAUCGCUCUGGCCUGCCAGUACCAAGGCAACAACCAGGUGUGCGUCUCACUCUACGGAGACGGGGCGGCCAAUCAGGGCCAGCUGUUUGAGGCGUUCAACAUGGCCGCCCUCUGGAAGCUGCCGUGCGUCUUCGUCUGCGAGAACAACAAGUACGGGAUGGGGACGUCUGUGGAGAGAGCGUCAGCCAGCACCGACUACUACAAGAGGGGAGACUACAUCCCGGGAAUCAGAGUGGAUGGGAUGGACGUCCUGUGUGUCCGAGAGGCCACCAGGUUUGCUGCAGACCACUGCCGAUCUGGAAAGGGUCCCAUUAUCAUGGAGCUGCAGACCUACCGUUACCAUGGACACAGCAUGAGCGAUCCAGGCGUCAGCUACCGGACGCGUGACGAGAUCCAAGAAGUGCGCAGUAAGAGUGACCCCAUCACCAUGCUGAAGGAGCGCAUGCUCAGCAACAACAUGGCGUCGGUAGAGGAGUUCAAGGAGAUCGACGUGGCGAUCCGUAAGGAGGUGGAGGAGGCGGCUCAGUUUGCCACGUCGGACCCGGAGCCACCGCUGGAGGAGUUGUGCAACCACCUCUUCAGCAACGACUUGCCGCUGGAGGUCCGCGGGACGAACCCCUGGGUCCAGCUCAAGUCCGUCAGCUAGACACACACACCUACACACACACCUACACACACACACACCUACACACACACCUACAUACACCCACACACCUUCAACUCCCUAACAUUUUAAAGAAAUAACAUUCAGCUCCUCCUUCCUUGAUCAUUCCGCACCUUUUUAAAGGGGUCUUUGGACCUGGAACCCGUCAGUAUUAUUUAUUAUUAUCUUGUAUAGAAAUAUAUAUAUUUAUUAUUUGUAUGUCUGUUUGGUGUUUUGUCCUCUGUGUUGUAUGAGAAGUCUCCAGAGUGAUGUGUGGACUUUUUAAAUAUUUAUAACCUUUCUGGGCUUGUAGUAUUAUACGCCCUAAACUUUCCUCCUCCUACCAAUAUAAUGUGACUGUUUUGAAUUCCUCCUUUUUAGGAAACCAGCAGCUACUUAAAAAAAACUAAACUAUGAAUAUUAAAACAUUUUAUUUACUCAAGUACUUCAUUCACUAAAGGACAUUUUUACUUAAGUGAUCCUUUUUUACUUUAUACUUUUACUACAUCAGAGGAAUUAUUGUACUUUUCAGAUUAAUAAUACAAAAUAUUAUCAAUAAAUUUUACAUUAUUACAGACAAAGCUGCACAGUACAUAAAGUGGUAAAAAUAAGCAUAAUGUACAUUAUUCUGAAAUUAGUCAUUAUGCAUAUAGUCCUUUUACUACAUUUUAAUGCUUUGUGUAGAUUUACUUAAACAUAAGUAGUAAAACUUUACAGAAGUAAAAUAUCAGAGUACUUUCUCAUAAGUAUUUAUUUUGAGUUUAAUUCACCAUAAGAGGAUUUCUUAUUUAUUGAGAUGGCUGUUGAUCAGUGCAUCAAAACCCCAAACUAAAUAUUUAACUUAUUCAGUAAAUGUUUUAUCCAGAACUACUUCACUGAAGUACUUGUACCUUCCAAAACUAACGCAGAGUUAGUAAAACAUGUGAGUUUGUUAAACACUAAAGUAUAAAUAUAUAGUUUUACAGUUUAUCUGCACACAUUUUAGUUAUACUUCCAAUAUAGAACUAGUAUCUGUGUUUUAAAACCCGGCAGCAGCUUUUGAGAGGAUUUCCUUUUCUCGUUUCACGGACCUCUUUAUUCUUUACAGGAAACUUUACUUUACUUGUUCGGAUGUGAAGCUUUACUUCCUCUUUGUGUGUGUUGAAUGGAGAGACUGUUAAAUAAAUAAAUAUAUAAAUAAACUGA